AUGGAGAAUGUGAAUUUUCUGCAAGAGUUCAUGGGAGUAAAAGCCAUGGUAGAAAAAGGGUUGGAUCGAGUUCCUCAUGGUUUUAUCAGGUCCCUUCAAGAGCGUCCAAAAGACUCUCAAGAUGAAGAGCAUGAGAAUAUACCCGUUAUUGAUCUGCAGGAACAAGUGGUGAAUCAUGGCAUUGCUCCAUCCUCAAUGAAUGAAAUGAUGGAGGCAGCUCGUGAGUUCUUUGAGUUACCAGAUGAACAGAAAAUGAAGUACUUUACUUUGGAUACAAUGUCAAAGUUUCGCUAUGCAUCGAGCUUCAACUUGCAGAAGGAUAAAAUUCUUAGCUGGAGAGAUUUCAUUCUUUACUCCUGUCAUCCGCUAGACGAUGCCAUAUCUCAGUGGCCCAGCUCUCCACCUACAUUUAGGUAA